GCGCCCACGCUGACAGGGCCCCUUCCACGCGCUGUUCCAAGGCCAAAUCCAGCGAGGCGCACCCACACGCCCGCCGCCGCGACCCCCUCAGCCCGGCCCGGCUGCAGCGCCGGGGGGCAGCGGGAGGGCGCCCGCCCGCCGCGCGGAGCCGCGGGGAAGCCACAGCCCCGGCGCCGAGGGGAAGGUGACGCCCCACACUUUGGACCCUCUUCGCUUCCCGUCCGCCUGAGGGGAGCGACGGGCAGAGAGCCGCAGCCUCUCCCGGAGGAGGCGGUGGCGGGACGCGAACACUCAGGCAGGCGAGCUGCUGCUUCCUCCUCCUCCUCCUCCUAAGAUGGCGGCAGACUCCGCGGAGCAGUUCUGCGUGGCCGAGGAGCGGAGCGGCCACUGCGCCGUGGUGGACGGGAACUUUCUCUAUGUGUGGGGAGGAUACGUGUCAAUUGAAGAAAAUGAAGUUUAUCUGCCUAAUGAUGAGCUCUGGAUCUAUGAAAUGGAUAGUGGCUUAUGGACAAUGCACCUAAUGGAAGGAGAGUUACCUACCUCCAUGUCAGGAAGCUGUGGGGCAAGCAUUAAUGGGAAGCUGUACAUUUUUGGUGGAUUUGAUGAUAAAGGAUACAGUAAUCGGCUGUAUUAUGUUAAUUUGCGAACAAAAAAUGGAACCUAUAGGUGGAAAAAAAUUACAAAUUUUAAAGGUCAACCUCCUACACCACGUGACAAGCUUUCCUGCUGGGUGUAUAAGGACAGCCUAAUAUAUUUUGGUGGCUAUGGCUGUAGGAAGCAUAAUGAACUGAGUGAUUGUUUUGAUGUCCAUGAUGCGUUUUGGGAAGGACAGAUAUUCUGGGGAUGGCAUAAUGAUGUUCAUGUUUUUGAUACAACCACACAAACUUGGUCUCAACCAGCAAUUAGAGGUGGAGAUCCACCUCAGCCUCGAGCAGCUCAUGCAUGUGCUGUGCUGGGAAAUAAAGGUUACAUCUUUGGAGGAAGAGUGCUGCAAACUAGAAUGAAUGAUUUGCACUGCCUGGAUUUAGACACUUGGACUUGGUCUGGAAGAAUUAAUAUCAAUGGAGAGAAACCAAAAGACCGAUCCUGGCACACGUUGACUACGAUAGGAGAUGACAGACUUUUUCUUUUUGGUGGACUAAGUUCUGAUAAUGUUCCUUUAAGUGAUGGCUGGAUUCACAGCAUUACAACAAAUGGAUGGAAACAACUUACCCAUUUGCCGAAGAGUAUGCCUAGAUUGUGGCAUACAGCCUGCCUUGGAAGAGAAGGAGAAGUGAUGGUGUUUGGUGGAAGCAAAGAUGACUUGCAUUUCAUGGACACAGGUCACUGCAGUGACUUGUUGAUAUUUCAGACUCAACCUUAUUCGCUGCUCAGGUUGUGUCUUGACUGCAUUGGUAAGAACGCAGCUCUCUUAAAGUAUCAAAUACCGUGCUUGCCAUCGGAAUUAUCACAGCAAGCGCUGAAAAAAAUAACCUUCUGGGCAGCAGUUAAGCACCGGCAAGAGAAAAAAGCUGAAAUUGAAAGACAAAGCCAACUAAACACCAUAUGAACAAUGGUAACAAAACUGUUGAACACUUUGGUUUACUUAUGGUGUACAGCAAAGUCUUUUGUUGUUGAAUUUUACUAAUGCUACAGAACAACUGUUUGUUGAGUUUCUAAGUGAAGUUUGAGAACAAAGAAAUCCUUUUUAUGGAAGUUUCUUUUGUUUUCUGCAUUAUAGAAAAUGGAUAAAAGUUCAUUUGUAUAUAUUGUUAACUUCUGCUGUUGUGGUCUUAAUGAGGCAGUCCAUAUGAUUCAUUCUUCUUGAUGAUACAGAAUGUUUCCAAUCGGAUAAAAUAUUGGCUUAAGUCUAAAAUCUUACUACAGCCUUAUCACAUCAGCCUUUCGGAACAUAUUACAUUAGUCCAACACAGUAUCUUGGGAAGAUUCACACUCACCAGUCUUGAAAAAGGUAACUUAUGUGCUAACACCACUGAAUCUUGGUUGAUUCCACUGGGCUCUGUCGCCUGACCAUCAGUCAAACGAAGGAGCCAGACGUCUUGCCCAACAUAGGAAAGUCAGUGCGCUCUCCGUGGGAUUUGGAUCCAGGCCUGCCAUGGGCAGCAUCACCAUUGGUGUAGGAAAGCUUAUGAGCAGUUCAUAAUACUGGUUUACUAUGUUUCUGUAAUCAACAAGUCCUUUUUGAAAUAGGUUGUAUAUUGUAUUUUGGAUGUGUAAAGUUUAUAUUUAAUUCUUGUUAAAAAAAAGUUUAUUUAUUGUUUAAAAAGAGCAUAUGUAGUACUUGGCUAUUUUUCAGUUUCAAUUAUUUAGUUAAAGGAUCAGAGUCAUUAAAAUUUUCUAGAGUUGAAGCGGGA